CUGGAGUUUCAUGGAGUAAUGAGAUUCUACUUUCAAGACAAAGCAGCUGGAAAUUUUGCAACAAAAUGUAUCCGUGUCUCUAGUACUGCCACAACUCAAGAUGUGAUAGAAACUCUUGCAGAGAAGUUUCGACCAGACAUGCGAAUGUUGUCAUCUCCUAAAUAUUCGCUUUAUGAAGUGCAUGUCAGCGGCGAAGAAAGAAGAUUAGAUGUAGAUGAGAAGCCUCUUGUUGUACAAUUAAACUGGAACAAAGACGAUCGAGAGGGAAGGUUUGUCCUCAAGAAUGAAAACGAUACACUUCCUCCAAAGAAAGCUCAGAGUAAUGGCCCUGAAAAGCAAGAAAAGGAGGGAGUAAUUCAGAAUUUCAAGCGAACUCUUUCGAAAAAGGAAAAAAAAGAGAAGAAGAGGCGUGAAAAAGAGGCAUUGCGGCAAGCAUCAGAUAAAGAUGAUAGACUUCUUCAUGGGGAUGAUAUUGAGAAUUUUCGCCUUGCAGCUGAGGUUUACAAAGAUAUGCCUGAAACCAGCUUCACUCGCACAAUAUCCAAUCCUGAGGUGGUUAUGAAACGGCGGCGACAGCAAAAACUAGAGAAGAGAAUGCAGGAAUUUCGCAGUUCCGAUGGCAGACCAGACUCAGGUGGAACACUGAGAAUUUAUGCAGACAGUUUAAAACCAAAUAUACCAUACAAGACAAUUCUGCUGUCCACUACAGAUACUGCAGACUUUGCAGUUAUUGAAGCACUGGAAAAAUAUGGUCUGGAAAAAGAAAAUCCCAAGGAUUAUUGUAUUGCUCGUGUCAUGCUGCCUCCUGGUGCUCAGCACUCUGAUGAUAAAGGUGCUAAAGAAACUAUUCUUGAUGAUGAUGAGUGUCCGCUGCAGAUCUUCAGGGAGUGGCCUAGUGAUAAAGGACUACUAGUCUUUCAGUUGAAAAGGCGGCCUCCUGAUUAUGUCCCAAAGAAAACCAGGAAAAUAACUGAAGGAAAGCCAUUAAAGGGGAAGGAAAGAGUUGACGGGUCUGGCUAUGGCUCUUGUCUUCCUCCUGAGAAACUACCGUACCUGGUGGAAUUAAGCCCAGGGAGAAGGAAUCACUUUGCCUACUACAACUAUCACGCUUACGAAGAUGGUUCUGACUCCAGAGAUAAGCCAAAGCUCUAUCGUCUACAAUUAAGUGUCACUGAAGUUGGAACUGAAAAAUUUGAUGACAAUUCCAUUCAGUUAUUUGGUCCAGGAAUUCAGCCUCAUCAUUGUGACCUCACUAACAUGGAUGGAGUUGUUACUGUAACCCCAAGAAGCAUUGAUGCUGAAACCUAUGUGGAAGGUCAGCGUAUUUCAGAAACCACCAUGCUGCAAAGUGGAAUGAAGGUUCAGUUUGGGUCAUCUCAUGUAUUUAAGUUUGUGGAUCCUACUCAGGACCAUAUUAUUUCCAAAAGACCUACUGAUGCAAGUCUUAUGGUCAAAGGCCCAAGACACAAAACUGGAGCUGUACAGGAAACCACAUUUGAUCUGGAGGGAGAUGUUCACAGUGGAACAGCACUACCAGCAAGCAAGAGCACCAGCAGGCUUGAUGGUGACAGGACAUCAUCAGCAUCCAGCACAGCUGAACGAGGAAUGGUGAAGCCGAUGAUUAGAAUAGAACAGCAAGAUUAUCGCAGACAGGAAAGCAGAUCUCAGGAUACCCAUGGACCAGAACUGAUACUGCCUGCCAGUAUUGAAUUCAGGGAAAGCUCUGAAGAUGCCUUCUUAUCUGCCAUUAUAAAUUACACAAAUAGCUCGACAGUUCAUUUUAAGCUGUCACCUACGUAUGUGUUGUAUAUGACAUGUCGGUAUGUACUGUCCAGCCAGUACAGACCUGACAUCACUCCUGCUGAGCGUACUCACAAAGUCAUUGCAAUAGUCAACAAGAUGGUGAACAUGAUGGAAGGAGUGAUACAGGAGGUAGACCAGGUUGAUCAGAAACAGAAGAAUAUUGCUGGGGCACUUGCCUUUUGGAUGGCAAAUGCAUCUGAAUUACUGAAUUUCAUAAAGCAAGACAGAGAUCUUAGCCGAAUUACUGUGGAUGCACAAGAUGUUUUGGCACACUUGGUUCAAAUGGCAUUCAAGUAUCUGGUUCAUUGUCUGCAGUCAGAGCUUAAUAACUACAUGCCAGCAUUCCUUGAUGAUCCAGAGGAAAAUAAUCCUCAGAGGCCUAAAAUAGAUGAUGUGCUGCAUACAUUGACUGGAGCGAUGUCCCUGUUGCGACGAUGUAGAGUGAAUGCUGCUCUGACUAUACAGCUCUUCUCCCAGCUGUUUCACUUUAUCAACAUGUGGCUUUUUAACAGAUUAGUUACAGCCCCAGAUUCAGGGUUAUGUUCACAUUACUGGGGAGCUAUUGUUCGUCAGCAGUUGGGCCACAUUGAAGCCUGGGCAGAAAAACAAGGUUUAGAAUUGGCUGCUGAUUGUCACCUGAGCAGAAUAGUGCAGGCAACCACAUUGCUUACCAUGGACAAAUAUUCACAUGCAGAUGUUCCACAUAUUAACAGUACUUGCUUUAAGCUGAAUUCUCUGCAGCUACAAGCUUUGUUGCAGAAUUAUCACUGUGCUCCAGAUGAACCACUCAUCCCAACAGAAUUGAUAGAGAAUGUAGUAACUGUUGCAGAGAAUACAGCUGAUGAACUUGCUCGCAGCGAUGGCCGAGAAGUCCAGCUGGAAGAGGAUCCUGACUUACAGCUACCUUUUCUUUUACCAGAAGAUGGCUAUUCCUGCGACGUUGUCAGAAAUGUUCCAAGUGGUUUACAAGAAUUUUUAGAUCCACUCUGUCAAAGAGGUUUUUGUAGACUAACACCUCAUCCACGGUCACCAGGCACAUGGACAAUAUACUUUGAAGGUGCAGACUAUGAAAGUCACCUGUCACAUGAGAAUGCUGAGCUCGCUCAGCCUUUGAGGAAAGAACCUGAAAUUAUCACUGUAACGCUAAAAAAACAGAACGGAAUGGGGCUGAGCAUUGUUGCUGCCAAGGGUGCUGGUCAAGACAAACUUGGAAUAUAUGUCAAGUCUGUUGUCAAAGGAGGCGCUGCAGAUGUGGAUGGUCGUCUGGCUGCAGGGGAUCAGUUGCUUAGUGUGGAUGGUCGAAGUUUGGUGGGUCUGUCCCAGGAAAGGGCAGCAGAACUUAUGACAAGGACAGGUUCUGUAGUAACACUAGAAGUAGCAAAACAAGGAGCAAUUUACCAUGGUCUGGCAACCCUGCUUAAUCAGCCAUCCCCAAUGAUGCAAAGAGGUAAACCCCGACCAAAGAGUGAAGGAUUUGAGCUGUAUAACAACUCCACUCAAAAUGGAUCACCUGAGAGUCCUCAGCUGCCGUGGACAGAGUACAGCGAACCAAAGAAGCUGCCAGGGGAUGACAGAUUGAUGAAGAACAGAGCUGAUCAUCGAUCCAGUCCCAAUGUAGCAAAUCAGCCUCCAAGCCCUGGGGGAAAGAAUGCUUAUGCAUCUGGAACUACCACCAAAAUAACCUCAGUCUCUACUGGAAAUCUUUGUACAGAGGAACAGACUCUGCCACCACGACCUGAAGCUUAUCCCAUCCCAACACAGACCUAUACUAGAGAAUAUUUCACAUUCCCAGCUUCCAAGUCCCAGGAUCGAAUGGGUCCAGCUCAGAGUCAGUGGCCAAAUUAUGAAGAAAAACCACAGAUCCAGGCAGAGAGCAAUCAUUCUAUCAACACUACCAUGCAGCGUGUAGCUCGUUCCCAGGAGGAGCUCAGAGAUAAAGUUUUCCAGCCAGAGAGGAGUCGUUUGGAAGUUGUUAUACGGAAGGAUGUGGAAUAUAUUGAUCGGAAAUCGGACAGCGAUCAGUGGAUGAAUUCAUCUGUGGAUUCCAGCACAUCUAGCCAGGAACAUCUGAACCAUUCCUCCAAACCAGUCUCACCUGGUUCUUGUUUAGCUAAAAGUGGACCUGGCCGUUGGAAAACUCCAGCUACUAGCCAGCCGACUCCAGUGGCCAUUUCCCAGCCCAUCAGAACAGAUCUUCCCCCUCCACCACCACCUCCUCCAGUGCAUUAUGCAGCCGAAUUUGAUGAACUACAAAUGGAUUUGCCUCUGCCUCCCCCUCCUCCUCCAAACCAGAUAGGAGCACAAGCAUCCUCUCAGGUAGCUGCUGCUGAGCGUAAAAAAAGAGAAGAACAUCAGAGGUGGUAUGAAAAGGAAAAGGCGCGUUUGGAAGAAGAACGAGAAAGGAAACGUCGUGAGCAGGAGAGAAAACUGGGCCAAAUGCGUUCUCAGCCACUAAUUCCUGCUCAGCCUGUGGUUCCUCCUGUUCCCCUUCAGCAAGUGAAAUCAGAAAAACCUUCAACUUUGCAGAGGUCUCAAGAAACAGUUAUUCGAGAGCUGCAGCCCCAGCAGCAGCCUCGGACUAUUGAGCGGAGAGAUCUGCAGUACAUUACUAUCAGCAAGGAAGAACUGUCCUCUAGUGACAGCCUCUCUCCAGAUCCCUGGAAACGGGAUGCUAAGGAGAAACUGGAGAAGCAGCAACAGAUGCACAUUGUGGACAUGCUGAGUAAAGAGAUUCAGGAACUUCAGAACAAGCCUGAUCGUACAGCGGAAGAAAAUGACCGCCUCCGUAAACUCAUGCUUGAGUGGCAGUUCCAAAAGCGACUUCAAGAAUCGAAGCAAAAAGAUGAAGAUGAUGAUGAAGAGGAGGAUGAUGAUGUGGAUACUAUGCUCAUCAUGCAGCGACUGGAGGCAGAAAGAAGAGCAAGGCAGACUGCAGUGCCAGCAAUCUCUGUUCUAGAUUUGUUACAGGAUGAAGAACGCAGACGGCAGCAGCAAUUGGAAGAAAUGAGGAAACGAGAAGCAGAAGACAGGGCCAGGCAGGAAGAAGAGCGACGACAGCAAGAGGAGGAGCGGACCAGGAGAGAGGCUGAAGAAAAGAGGCGACAGGAAGAGGAAUAUUACAGUCGCUUAGAGGCUGAAAGGCGCAGGCAGCAUGAUGAAGCUGAACGAAGAUUGCUGGAACCUGAUGAGCCUGGUCUGUACAGACCUCCACUUCCACGGGAAUAUGAACUCCCAUCCCCAACCCCUUCAUCUAACGCUCCUCCUCCCCCACCUCAGCGAAACACCUCUUACCUCAAAACACAGGUCCUCUCCCCUGACACGAUUUAUACUGCCAAGUUUGUUGCAUACAAUGAUGAUGAUGAGGAGGAGGAGGAUUCCAAUCUAGCAGGUCAGGAUAAGUACUCCAGCACAAGAAAAUCUUAUGGUGACUUUCCUCCUGCCACCCUUAAGCAACAGCAGCCCUCCCGCCAGCCUCGCCCAGUUUCAGAUGGCAUCUUUCUUUCCAACUCAUUCCAGUCAUCUCCAGUCAAUGCCAACAGUACUACUGCCAAAAAAACCCAGCCCCCACCCCCAUCAAACAAACCGAGUUUCAUCCAUUCCAGCAGCUCUAAAGGUAGACACAAUGAAAUCAAUCAUCUCUACAGAACUAUCCUUGUGUUUUCAACUCUGGUGCUCUAGAUUGAAUCGCUUAUUUUGUGAUUUCCCCUCCCCCCCACUUAAUCACUGUUUUCACACUGGUGAUCUAACUUAAAUCCUGGUAUUAAUAUGAAUCCUCCAAUUUUUAAUUAUUUUGAUCUCUCAAAUUUUCUUCCUCUUUACCCAAACUUUUCAAAAACAAAAAUUCCAUCUUUCAUACAAUGAAUCAGAAAUUAUUUUAACUGCUACUCAACCAAUUCAAAGUACUGUUGGUCUUGGCUUUCACUUUGUAUCUUUCAGUGAUUUGUUUUGUAUGAAUGACCACUGUUUACUCAGGGCAUCUGGAAGUGCACCUUUCUUGAACACAGGAUACCUCUCCUAAUGGGUUCAUGGACAGAGCUUAUCCUCUGCUUCGUUGUUGGUACCAGGGUACUCUCUUUUAAUCGUGUGUGCAAAUGGCUUUAAAAAUUACCUUUGUAGAUGUAGUUCUGAAACACACAAGCACCAAGAGACAUAAAGGACAUGCAGUUAGUUUCAUGUAUUAGGCACUAUUCCUGUAGUUCUGUUUUUUUAAGUGCAGUUCCUUGCAGACAGGCAAAGACCUAAGUUUCAUCUUAGCACUUGUUGCUUUACUCCUUCCCAUCCCUUCUUCACCUCUGUGUUUGUCUCCUCAUCUUGUUUCUUUUGUAACUCCAAGUGGCCAACCAUAAUGGAGUUUAAUUUCAAGAAGAGCUCUAGUUGCUAGUAGCUCAGCACCAUAUUUUAUCUGCAGAGUACUAGUUUAGCUACACCGAUGAAGUCAAAGCUAAUCCAGUCCAAGGUUCCAUGCUAAAUUUUUUUAAACUGCUGCUGUAUAGGAGGAAUCUUAAUAUACUUAACUCUUUGAGUAUAUCUCACUCUAAUAAACUUGCAGCUUAUUGAUACAAUACUUUGUCUUUAAACAGCAGCAUCUGCUGGCAGCUUUUCCUGCAUUUAUUUUCUUCUAUUGCCCUAGUUCAUUCUUUUUACUUAUGCUGGAAGUAAACAAGUGCCUGAUAACCAACUCCAGCUGAACAAGUCAUUUUUCUAAAAUGAAAAGAGUACCAAGUCACGUGAGAUCACAGGGGAAAAUGUUUAGGCUGGCUUCUAGCAGAAUGGAUAACUUUUUUGCUGGAUUCAAGUCUCAGUUACACAGGUGGAAGCCUACAAUAUGGUUAUAUCCCUCAUCACUUUUUUGACUACCUGAUGAAUUAGGAAAAUCACUUACUUACUUUAUUCAGAAGUAUGCCCUGGUCACAGGGAGAAUAUGAGCCUCCAAAUUGCUUCCAUCUCUCAGAAGCACUUCUAAUCCAGCUGCAGUAGUAUAUGAAUCUGAUUUAGGAUAUGUAUGAAGCCACUGAGCUUCCUGUCUGCCUCAUUUUCAGUUGAGGCUCAAGUCAUCAUUUUCCAGCAAGACAUCCUUUCCUUUGCAGGGCAAAUUGGCUUCUGCUACAUUUGGACUGCUUCCAAAGGGAAGUGUCAAAGGGAAGCUCUGAACAGUAUUGUGUAGUUUUAGUAUUGCUGAAGUGUCAUUAGUUUAGCUCACCUAAAAGUACUGUCCCACUGAGGUACUUGAUGCUUAGUAGUUUCACUAUUUGGAGUCAGUACAGCACCCAAGUUGUGUAAAAAAAAAAAGUAUCCACACUAAUUCUCAUUUAAAGGUAGAAAAAAAAAGCCUUGUUAUUUACCCUGGUGUUGCCUCUGAGAUCUCAAGAUGUAGUAAUGUCUAUGGGUCUUGCAAGCCCAUCUGUCACUCCUGUCUGGCUCUGUCAUAGGUUCCAAAUCUUAAAGGAAGAUGAGGGAAGGUUUUAGCUUUUCAGUGUGUUUUUGUUAGACUGGAGUAUAAGCAGACACACUGGACACUACCUGCUGUGUGCUACCAUUAUAAUGCAAGUAGUUCCAUUAUACCUACCCUGCACAUGAAGCCACUGAAAAACCCACAGCCAGUUUUUUAUCAGAAGGACUCUAGCUAGGGAACACUGGAUAUCGCAGAGAAUUAGUGAGCUAAAAUAAGAUUAAAGACAGGGAAUAGUGGAAAAAAUUAUCUUCAAUCACUAUAGCUAUCUGUGUUGUCAACUUGCUCUUAGGAAUAUUCUGAAAUGGCGGGCUUCUGACAUGAAACUUUGGUCCUGUAUAUCUGUACUGAAUUUUUGUUCUUUCAAAGGACUUUCUUUUUGUUAGAACUUCUUACUUGAAAACAAUUAUAGUAGAGUAAAAUGUGCCUUCCAUCACAACACAUAGGCUUCCAAAGGGCCUUGCUUCCCUUCCUUAUUUGGCACUUUGAAGACAUGUAAUGAAUUAAGCAACCCUAGAACCAUCAGUCACUAGCUGUCACCACCACUUUCCUUGCCUUCCAUCAUCCACAACCCAGAGUACCAUUUCAUAUAUAAUUGCAUUUCCCAAUGCUGCUCUCUGUUAAUUUUAAUUGAAAAAUGAAUCUCAUGAAAGUGAAAUGUUCAGUGGUAUUGUGUGUGCACAUUUGUUUUUCCUGGAAAACAAUCGAAAGGACAAUCCACAAAGAUUUGGUUAGGGUUUUGGUAACAAUUAAGGAAUAUUGUAAUACGAUGCUUCGCCUUUAAUAGCCUAAUUCAUAAACCAUACAACUAAUUCUGAAUACUCUUAUUUCAUAAUUUUUAAAAUAGCCAUGAGAACAGGUUAACUUCACCUGAUUGCUCAAGCUUCUAUGAAGACUGCCUGCGUAACGUACAAAGCCGUUUGCACAAAAUGCAGAAUUCACUGUGCAGUUUACCAUCUCCCAUCUUGCUGACUCUGUUACAUUCCUGUCCUUUACAGCUCUUUCCUGUUCUGAGUGUUAACUCUAGUAAACCACGCUUCUGCAAAUUUUGCUCUCUUGCCUUCUUCCACUGGGUUUCUUAAGACCAUUGGGUCCCUUAACUAAUCAAGGAAAAAGCCAACACUCAGAUGAAAACUAUUAUCCUAAUGCAAAUGAAACUCUGAACCACAGCAUGUGGAUCCAGACUUUCUAAAGCAGGGAAGGGUAGUACUUACAUUGAUUUAAGACUCAUGUCUGAGAGCAAAAAAAAAGAUCUUCAUAUGCCUGACAUACCUAGUGUGAUUUGAUCCGCUACAAAUUUUUGGUGGAAAAAAUUUAGCCUAGAGAACACUAACUAAAUUUGCCUGUGUGUUCCACUACCAUAUGUCUCUUCUGAAUAUUUAUGAGAAGUUGUAUAUACCAGUGGAAGAAGCAAACAUUUCCUUUUGUACCAGAGAAGGUUCACAAGACAUAACAUGUACAAUAUUGAGACCAGAACUAUCUAAAGACAAAUCUGAGUCGUGUGCUGACACUCAUUUUUACUCUUUUCUUGACAGUUAUUAAGAGAAUAUGGUCUUAAAUAUAAAUUAAAUAAUUGAAAUUUUUGAUUGGAAAUAAAAGGUUUUGUCUUGUGGCCUUUAGAAAGAAUUAAUAAAAUGUAUAAAACCUGUUGUGUUAUAUCAACCUAAAGGUGCAGUGCUGCAAGAUAGUUGCUUGAAAUUUAAGUGCAGGGGAGAGGGGGCAUCUUCUGAGUAGUACAGUUCACUUAGACUAAACUGAAAAUAAAAUUCUGACUACUGAACUGCAAACAUGAUAUAUACUAAUCUUUCAGCUUUUGAAAGAGAGCAGCUGCAGCUAACUUAUUUCCUGUGGAGCUUGUCAUAGGAUAACAAAGUGUGUUGCUCUUUCCAUCGAUCUCCUUGAACAACUUCUAAUGUCUGUCUUACAGAUAAGCCAUAAUAAGAUAAAGACCAUGAUUUGGUGUGUGCUGGAUAAUCUAAACAAAAUGGGUUCUGACUUAAAAUUAGGAAUAAAAAAAUUAAGCAGUUUUGAGGGAGAUGGAAUUUGGUAGUACUGGUUUUAAAUACUCUAGAAGUCAGAUGACCCUCUAAAUUUAUUUCUGAUUCUAUUUUGAGAUUAUUUCUUGAAAGAAGCACUGCACCUUUUGAAGAAUGCAGUAUAAAACUUCUGUGUUGUAACUGCAAUCCUUCAACGUACUUUUUCUUUUG